AUGCCCGGGUUCUGGUCUGAUAUUUCUGGGUCUGAUGUCUGUGAGACUCCUCCUGUCAACCACCCGGGUACAGCUUUCAGCUAUGUUCAGCCACUGAACACUACCAUCUUGGGUGUUGAUGGCCACUCUCCUCCUGUUUACCCUUCACCGAAGAUCAAUGGUACCGGUGGCUGGGAGACAGCCUUACACAAGGCACAGAAGUGGGUGAAGAAGCUCACAACGGAAGAGAAGGCUUGGAUGGCAACGGGUCAGCCUGGUCCCUGUGUUGGAAACAUCCUGCCCAUUCCUCGUCUCAACUUCACUGGUCUCUGUCUACAGAAUGGACCACAAUGUGUCGAAGAGGGUAGUUAUUCGAGUGUCUUCGUGAGCGGUGUCUCUGCUGCCGCUAGCUGGGACCGAAAGUUGCUGUACGAGAGGGGUAACGCAUUGGCGAAGGAGCACAAAGGAAAGGGUUCCCACGUCAUUCUGGGUCCUAUCGGUGGACCAUUGGGCCGCAGUCCCUACAAUGGUCGUACCUGGGAGGGCUUCGCCGCCGACCCUUAUCUCACGGGUGUUUGCAUGGAAGAGACAAUUAACGGCAUGCAAGAUGCUGGUGUCCAGGCCAACGCAAAGCACUUCAUUGCCUACGAGCAGGAGACACAACGCAUUCCCACAUAUCAACCCGAUGCCAACGCGACCACUUACAUCCAGGACUCGGUCUCUUCGAACCUGGAUGACCGGACUAUGCACGAAAUUUAUAUGUGGCCGUUUGCUAAUGCGGUCCGGGCUCGUGUCGCUAGCGCCAUGUGCUCGUAUAACCGUAUAAACGGUUCUCACGCUUGCCAGAACUCAUACGUCCUCAACCAACUGUUGAAGACUGAGCUUGGUUUCCAGGGAUAUGUCAUGUCUGACUGGGGUGCCACCCACAGUGGAGUGUCAUCUAUUGAGAGUGGUAUGGAUAUGACCAUGCCUGGCGGGUUCACUGAGUAUGGUGAGCUUUGGACGGAAGGAUCCUACUUCGGAAAGAACCUCACUUCGGCGCUGAAGAAUGGCACUGUUGACAUGGACCGUAUGGAUGACAUGAUUGUCCGUAUCAUGACGCCCUACUUCUGGCUUAACCAAGAUCGCAACUACCCGAGCGUGGACGCCUCCGUCGGUCCGAUGAACGUGGACUCGGCUCCAGACACUUGGCUUUACGACUGGCAGUUCACAGGCACAACUAACCGUGACGUGCGCGGUAACCACAGUGCUCUGAUUCGUGCCCACGGUGCUGCCUCGACCGUUCUCCUGAAAAACGAAAAGAACGCAUUGCCGCUUCGCAAGCCUCGCAACAUUAUCAUUGCUGGAAACGACGCUGGUCCUCUGACCCAAGGUCCAGAUACUCUAGGAGACUUUGAAUUCGGUGUCCUCGCCAACUCGGGAAGCUCCGGUGCCUGCCGGUUCAGCUACUUAUCCAACCCCCUAGAAGCGAUCUCUGCUCGAGCCCGCAACGACGGUACAUUGGUCCAAUCGUACCUGAACAACACCCAAAUCGUCGAUACUGGUCUGGAAGCCUUGGCCAUUCCCCAGUACCCUGAUGCCUGCCUUGUCUUCCUGAAGUCCUACUCCGCAGAGGGCGAAGACCGCAGCUACCUGGAGCUGGACUGGAAUGCCAACGCUGUCGUGGAGGCCGUGGCCAAAUUCUGCAACAACACUAUCGUCAUCACAAACUCAGGUGGUGUCAACACCAUGCCAUUUGCUGACAAUGAGAAUGUCACGGCCAUUCUCGCCCAGCACUACGCUGGUGAGGAGACCGGAAACGCAAUCGCUGAUGUUCUCUACGGCGACGUCAACCCAUCUGCCAAGCUGCCUUAUGUCAUUGCAUACAAUGCGUCCGACUACAACGCCCCAAUCACCACUAAUGUGACGACCAACGGUACAUACGACUGGCAAAGCUGGUUCAACGAGGAACUCGAGGUUGGCUACCGGUACUUUGAUGCGCAUAAUAUUUCCGUGCGUUACGAGUUCGGCUUUGGUCUAAGUUACACCACCUUUGACCUACGAAGCCUGAAGGCCAAGACUAAGGCCGCUGGUAAUCUCACUGCUCUCCCUGAGAAACGUCCUGUCCAGCCUGGUGGUAACCCUGCUCUCUGGGAUACCGUUUACACACUCCAAGCGGAGGUUUCUAACACUGGAGAUGUUGGUGGAUAUACUGUGCCGCAGCUGUAUGUCGAGUAUCCUUCCUCGACCCCAGCGGGUACACCACCUAGCCAGCUUCGUGGCUUUGACAAGGUCUGGCUUCGUGCUGGACAGAAGAAAACCAUUACUUUUGAGUUGAUGCGCAGAGAUGUUAGUUACUGGGAUGUUGUUGCUCAGGACUGGCGUAUUCCUGCUAGACAGUUCACCUUCAAGGCUGGAUUCAGCAGCCGUGAUUUCCGUUCCAAUGUGACAGCUACUCUAAUUUCAGCAUAG